AUGGGCCAAGGCGCUCGUCCGUUAGUAGAAGGAGAGUUUCACUCUGCGAACGCCAUUAACGAUGUAAUAACUGGACUCGUACCAAAAGCAAUUGGAUGGGGUGAAUAUCAAGACGGCGAAUCAACAGUCUACUUUUUUCUAGGCGACUUCCAUGAUAUGGACUUUUCCACAGCCCCAGAGCCGAAACUCUUCAUGUCUAAAAUAGCAGAGCUUCACCAGCAAGGUACAUCUCCAAAUGGGAUGUUUGGAUAUCCUGUUCCGACCGUAUGCGGCAAAAUGGAACGUACCGUAACUUGGGAGAAAAGCUGGGCAAAGUCCUUUACACAUCAGCUCAAAGACGUCAUCAAGUACGACAAUGAUACUAAUGGCCCUUGGCCAGAAUAUGACGCUGCUUGUAAACAGCUUAUCGAUGUAGUCAUUCCUAGACUCUUAGGUGCUCUACAGUCCGAUGGCCGUGAUAUUACACCGGCCUUAAUACAUGGUGACCUAUGGGAACGGAAUGUCGGAACCGAUAUGGAUACAGGCGAAACAGUCCUAUUCGACCCGGGAUGCACAUACGCCCAUAACGAAAUGGAGUUUGGAACCUGGCGGUGUACAUGGGCAUACUACUUCAACUCGUCUACUUAUAUGCGCAUGUAUCAGCGCCACAUUGAGCCCUCAGAGCCAACAGAAGAAUGGGACGACCGUAAUCGCCUCUACAGCAUCCAUCCAUAUCUGAAUGAUUCGGCCGGGCACCCAGGAAGUAAUUCAAGGAACAUAGCUUAUAACGAUAUGCUAUAUCUUUGCGAGAAAUACGGUCCUCUGGAUAGCCUCGAGAAAUAUAACCCGGAAAAAGAUGUCAAGAUCACAGGGGCUCACAUACCUUUCGAGAUAAAACAUCAUCCAAUUUCACUUGCGACGACAGCUCGACGACGUUUGAAUACGGUCCCGAAAUGUCCGGAACCGACGUGCGAUUGUGCUGACACGCCGUCGAUGCCGUUUGGACAGAGUAUCGAUAAGAAUGGCAAACUGAAUGGCCUCAUAGCGUCGUAUGCGCAACAGGUCUUGAUCUGCACCGGUAAAGAUGACUGGUCGUCGCGCAUAGAAGAGGAUAAUAGCGGUGACAACUUGGCUGCUGACCUCAAGGAGUUGAUCGGUCGAGGAGGCAUGUACAGUGACCCUUUCCAUAACAUCUCCGUCGUAAACACCUCGUUCCCCUCUGCUAUUUCGACGCGACCCGAGGUACAAACAACAUCCGUCUACCUCGUCCCCAGCUUCAAAUACAUUCCCUUUCUCCCGAGGGUAUCGUUUGACUCUGUACAAGCUCUGGUGAAGGGAUAUCUACUACCAGAAAAGCUCCAUCCGAUGAAUGAGGGACUAUCGCCUAUACAUAAGGACCGGCUUUUGCGGAAAGAAGCAUAUCAACAAUUGCUAUACGGCGUGCGCGAUGUCGAGGAUGUACUUGUGUUGAUCUGUGGGCAUGGACAACGAGAUACCAGAUGUGGCAUCUACGGGCCCAUUCUGCAAGAAGAAUUCGAGAAGCAGUUGCCCCGAGUAGGAAUAGAUGUCCUUCACGGACCGGCGAUAAACGAGAGUGUAUCAGCACCACUGCUCCCCGGCAGUACGACAGGGACAGAAACGCCACGCACGGCGAGGGUAGGCCAGAUCAGCCACAUUGGAGGGCAUAAAUUUGCCGGAAAUGUUAUUAUCUAUCUACCGCCAGCCCUCACAAACAGCGCGGGUAAUCCACACCCGCUAGCUGGCCACGGAAUCUGGUACGGCAGGAUAGAUCCAAAGCACGUAGAAGGUGUUAUUAAAGAGACCAUUAUAAAUGGAAACAUAAUAACAAACCACUUUAGAGGCGGGAUCAAUCAGAAUAGCGAGCUUAUUAGAUUAUAG